GGCGGCGGCAGCAGAGGAGAGAGCGGGAGGAGGGAGGGAAGGCAGGAAGAGGGCAGCCGAAGGCCGGGCCAGGUGGCUCGACCGGGUGCUGGCUGCGCUGCUCUCGGUUCCGACGGCCUCUCUCAUGCGUUGAGGGCGCCCGGCUGGGCCGGACCGGCGGCCGGAGGGGAGGCUCCUCUCCAUGGUCCAGAAGACCAGCAUGUCCCGGGGCCCUUACCCAUCCUCCCAGGAGAUCCCCAUGGAGGUCUUCGACCCCAGCCCACAGGGCAAAUACAGCAAGAGGAAAGGGCGGUUCAAAAGGUCGGAUGGGAGCACAUCCUCGGAUACAACAUCCAACAGCUUUGUCCGCCAGGGAUCAGCAGAGUCCUAUACCAGCCGUCCGUCAGACUCCGAUGUGUCUCUGGAGGAGGACCGGGAAGCCUUAAGGAAGGAGGCGGAACGCCAGGCAUUAGCCCAGCUCGAGAAAGCCAAGACCAAGCCAGUGGCAUUCGCUGUGCGGACAAAUGUCGGCUACAACCCAUCUCUAGGGGAUGAGGUGCCUGUUCAGGGAGUGGCCAUCACCUUCGAGCCCAAGGACUUCCUGCACAUCAAAGAGAAAUACAAUAAUGACUGGUGGAUUGGGCGACUGGUGAAGGAGGGCUGCGAGGUCGGCUUCAUCCCCAGCCCCGUCAAACUGGACAGCCUGCGCCUGCUGCAGGAACAGAAGCUGCGCCAGAAUCGCCUCAGCUCCAGCAAAUCAGGUGACAACUCGAGCUCCAGUCUGGGAGACGUGGUGACUGGCACCCGCCGCCCCACGCCCCCUGCCAGUGGUAAUGAAAUGACUAACUUAGCCUUUGAACUAGACCCCCUGGAGUUAGAGGAUGAGGAGGCGGAGCUCGGUGAGCAUAGUGGCUCUGCCAAGACUAGCCUUAGCGGUGUCACCACCCCGCCACCCCACGGCACGCGCAUCCCCUUCUUCAAGAAGACAGAGCAUGUGCCCCCCUAUGACGUGGUACCUUCCAUGAGGCCCAUCAUCCUGGUGGGACCGUCGCUCAAGGGCUAUGAGGUUACAGACAUGAUGCAGAAAGCUUUAUUUGACUUCUUGAAGCAUCGGUUUGAUGGCAGGAUCUCCAUCACUCGUGUGACAGCGGACAUUUCCCUGGCUAAGCGCUCGGUCCUCAACAACCCCAGCAAACACAUCAUCAUCGAGCGUUCAAACACACGCUCCAGCCUGGCUGAGGUUCAGAGCGAGAUCGAGCGCAUCUUCGAGCUAGCCCGGACCCUUCAGUUGGUUGCUCUGGAUGCCGACACCAUCAACCACCCAGCCCAGCUCUCCAAGACCUCACUGGCCCCCAUCAUUGUUUACAUCAAGAUCACCUCUCCCAAGGUUCUUCAGAGGCUCAUCAAGUCUCGAGGGAAGUCUCAGUCCAAACACCUCAAUGUGCAAAUAGCAGCUUCGGAGAAGCUCGCGCAGUGUCCCCCCGAAAUGUUUGACAUCAUCCUGGAUGAGAAUCAGCUGGAGGAUGCCUGCGAGCAUUUGGCCGAGUACUUGGAAGCCUAUUGGAAGGCCACACACCCGCCCAGCAGCACUCCGCCCAAUCCGCUGCUGAACCGCACCAUGGCGACUGCAGCCCUUGCCGCCAGCCCUGCCCCUGUCUCCAACCUCCAGGGACCAUACCUUGCUUCCGGGGACCAGUCGCUGGAACGGGCCACCGGGGAGCACGCCAGCGUGCACGAGUACCCGGGGGAGCUGGGCCAGCCCCCAGGCCUUUACCCCAGCAGCCAGCCGCCAGGCCGGGCGGGCACCCUGCGGGCACUGUCCCACCAAGACACGUUUGAUGCCGACACCCCUGGCAACCGAAACUCUGCCUACACGGAGCAGGGAGACUCGUGUGUGGACAUGGAGACUGACCCCUCCGAGGGGCCAGGGCUUGGAGACCCUGCAGGGGGCAGCACCCCACCAGCCCGACAGGGAUCCUGGGAGGAUGAGGAAGACUAUGAAGAGGAGCUGACCAACAACCGGAACCGCGGCCGGAAUAAGGCGCGCUAUUGCGCGGAGGGCGGGGGUCCAGUUCUGGGACGCAACAAGAAUGAGCUGCAGGGUUGGGGGCGGGGCGUCUACAUCCGCUGA